AAGGGGGCGGGACUCCAUUUCCCAGCAGGCUCCAGGCGGCGGGCGCCGCGGUGCCUUGUGUGGGAUGCCGCCGCCCGCCGCCAUGGGGCUGAAGGCCGCCCAGAAGACGCUGUUCCCGCUGCGCUCCAUCGACGACGUGGUGCGCCUGUUCGCUGCAGAGCUGGGCCGAGAGGAGCCGGACCUGGUGCUCCUCUCCUUGGUUCUGGGCUUUGUGGAGCAUUUCCUGGCUGUCAACCGUGUCAUCCCCACCAACGUGCCCGAGCUCUCCUUCCAACCCAGCCCCGCGCCCGACCCUCCCGGCGGUCUCACCUUCUUCCCGGUGGCUGACCUAUCUAUCAUCGCUGCCCUUUAUGCCCGCUUCACGGCUCAGAUCCGCGGCGCUGUAGAUUUGUCCCUCUACCCGCGAGAGGGAGGCGUCUCCAGCCGCGAACUGGUGAAGAAGGUCUCUGAUGUUAUAUGGAACAGCCUCAGCCGAUCCUACUUCAAGGACCGUGCCCACAUUCAAUCCCUCUUCAGCUUCAUCACAGGCACUAAACUGGACAGCUCAGGUGUAGCCUUUGCGGUGGUGGGGGCCUGCCAAGCCCUGGGUCUUCGAGAUGUCCACCUAGCUCUGUCUGAAGAUCAUGCCUGGGUAGUUUUUGGACCUAAUGGGGAGCAGACAGCUGAAGUCACCUGGCAUGGCAAGGGCAAUGAAGACCGCCGGGGUCAGACAGUCAAUGCGGGUGUGGCUGAGCGGAGCUGGCUGUACCUGAAAGGAUCGUAUAUGCGCUGUGACCGAAAGAUGGAGGUGGCAUUUAUGGUGUGUGCUAUCAACCCUUCCAUUGACCUGCACACUGACUCUCUAGAGCUGCUGCAGCUACAGCAGAAGCUGCUCUGGCUGCUCUAUGACCUGGGACAUCUAGAAAGGUACCCCAUGGCACUGGGGAACCUGGCAGAUCUAGAGGAGCUGGAACCCACCCCUGGCCGGCCAGACCCGCUCACACUCUACCACAAGGGUAUUGCCUCAGCCAAGACCUACUACCGAGAUGAGCACAUCUACCCUUACAUGUACCUGGCUGGCUACCACUGUCGCAAUCGCAAUGUGCGUGAAGCACUGCAGGCCUGGGCAGACACGGCCACUGUCAUCCAAGACUACAACUACUGCCGGGAGGAUGAGGAGAUCUACAAGGAAUUCUUUGAAGUGGCCAACGAUGUCAUCCCCAACCUGCUGAAGGAGGCAGCCAGCUUGCUGGAGGCAGGCGAAGAGCGGCCAGGGGAGCAGACCCAGGGAACCCAGAGCCAAGGAUCUGCCCUCCAGGACCCUGAGUGCUUCGCCCACCUGCUGCGGUUCUAUGAUGGCAUCUGCAAAUGGGAGGAGGGCAGCCCCACACCUGUGCUGCAUGUGGGCUGGGCCACUUUCCUUGUGCAGUCCUUGGGCCGCUUUGAGGGACAGGUGCGGCAGAAGGUGCACAUAGUGAGCCGUGAUUCUGAGGCAACUGAAACUGAGGAGCCCUGGGGAGAGGAAUCCCGGGAAGGCCGGAGGCGGGGACCUCGUCGAGAAUCCAAGCCCGAGGAACCACCACCUCCCAAGAAGCCUGCGCUGGACAAGAGCCCCAGCUCAGGCCCAGGUGUGGGUUCAGGACCCCCUCGGAAACCUGCAGGCAUGGUCCCAGGCACUGUCCGGGGCCCUGAAGCUGGCAGCACAACUCAGAUGCCAGUGCCGGCUGUGUCACCGCCGCCCGAAGGCCCUGUGCUCACUUUCCAGAGCGAGAAGAUGAAGGGCAUGAAGGAGCUGCUGGUGGCCACUAAGAUCAACUCGAGCGCCAUCAAGCUACAGCUUACGGCACAGUCACAAGUGCAAAUGAAGAAGCAGAAAGUGUCCACGCCCAGCGACUAUACUCUGUCUUUCCUCAAGCGGCAGCGCAAGGGCCUCUGAACUGUUGGGAGCUUCCUGCGGUCCUCCGAGACCCAGGCUCCGCCCUGGCCCAGCUCCACCCUUCCCUGCCGGAUCCUGGUUGCUGGGUUCCCAGCCCUAGCUCCCCGGGACCGAGGGCUGUCCGGAACUCUGGGUUCCCGGUUUACAGACAGUAUCACGCCUGAACCAAUGAUUAACUCCAGCUCAAAAUCCUGGGACUGGGCUCGAUUCUUAGAAUGUAGAUUCCACUUCUAACAAUCCCAACCAACCAAUU